GCCUGGACUCCAAUUGUUGCCAUGCUGCCAUGGGCGGGUCUUUAGCUUCGCACGCAGCGCUUUGGUGGAGCCUCGCGAAGUCGCCUGUGCUGGGCUGCAAGCUGCCUUCGGCAGAGGCAAAGGCUCUGAAAGCGGUGCUGGACGGUUUGGGCGUGGAAGACGAGGCUGACCAGUGCGACGUGCGAGGGGUGACCUGCGAAGAGGACACGAGCAGCCCGGGUCACUGCCGCGUGGUGAAGCUGAGCUUCCGAGACUCCGCGCUGAGCGGCACGCUGCACGAGGCCGUCGGCCACUUCCAGCGGCUUCGGGAGCUGAACCUGCGGUGGUGCAAGGUGAGCGGUGGCCUCCCGGAGACUUUGGGCCAGCUGGAGGCGCUGGACAAGCUGACUUUGCCCUACAACCAGUUCACUGGGCCUCUGCCGCGGUCUUUGAACAAGCUGCGGAACCUGAAGCAGCUGGACAUGGGGUACAACCAGCUGACUGGGCGGAUCCCCAGGUCUUGGGGCGAGCUGACUGCGCUGAAGCAGCUGCACCUGGGGGGGAACCAGCUGGAGGGCCCUGUGCCACAGAGCCUGGGGCGCCUGGAGAACUUGGAGCUGCUGAGGCUGCAUGACAACCUCCUCUCCGGCGGCAUCCCUGAGACUUUUGCGCAGCUGCAAGAGCUGCGGCGAAUGGACUUGGCCUGCAACCGCUUGGAGGGGGAGCUGCCGGCCGCAUUGGUGGGCCGGCUCCAGAAACUCAGGGAGCUGAACCUUGAUGGCAACAGGCUGAACGGGAGCCUGCCCGAACUCGGCAGCACCGAACUGCGAGAGCUCCACCUGGGCAGCAACCACCUCGUUGGGCCCUUGCCGAGCCGCUGGUAUUUGCCCAGACUGCACACGCUGAAUCUGGAGAACAAUGGGCUGUCCGGACCUUUGCCGGACUUACACCAGCAGAUACCCAUACUGGCGGAACUGAGAUUGGGGGGGAACCGCCUGAGCGGGCAGAUCCCGAAGUCUUUUGGCAAGCUCAAGUGGAUGCAGACGCUGGACCUGUCCAGGAACCAUUUUACCGGCCACGUACCCAUGUCCUGCCAGUCCCUACACAUGCUCACGCAGGCCUAUUUCUAUGGCAACAAGGACAUGAAGCCGGAGAUGACCCAGGUGCGGAACUGCGCGCCCUUUGACGUGGACUGUUGCAAGAUCUUCGUUUACUUGGACACCGAGGAAGUGUUCACUUGCCUCCUGGCGGCCCUGGCCACUGCACUGGGCGUUUGGUGCCUCACGGUGAUGUCCAGAGCCCGGGCUUCGCGGAACGGCGGUCUCCGUGCCUCCGAGGUGCCCUUGGGCGCCCUGGAAAUCGCGGCCAAGGCUUUGUACCCCACGAGUUGGUGGCAAACUCUGUACCUGAUCCUGGCCAUCGACGCCCAUUUGUUCGUGCCGCUGUGCCUGGCCUGGUGCUUGAACCCUCGGGUGGUCUUUGCGAGCAUGCUGCUGCUGAAGGUGCUGGCCAACGUGCCCGGCUGCAACUGGAAGCUCCAUCCCUUGAGCCUCUUCUUUCCCGUUGGGCUGAGCGCUCGCCGGCGCCCUUGGAGCACCGUUUUGGCCGAGCUCGUCGGAGGCGCUGUGCCCUUGGGACUGGCGCUCGCUGGAGAUUGGCUGCAAGCCCGUGCAGUCUUCAGGAACAAGCACGUCGUGAUCGUGGAUCCCAUACGAGGAAAUACGAUCAUGGUGCUUACCCACUUCUUGCCGCUGGUUUUCUUGCUCUCCAAGCUAUACGCGCUGGUCUUUUGCGGUCGUCUUUUGCGCUGCCUUUGCUGGGGUGCGGGGCGGGUCCCACAAUCCAACUUGCAUGCCAGGAAGCUGGCCCUUGCAUUGAAGGCUGUUGCAGGGUCCGACCAAGAAGUGAUCACAGCAGAGGUGCGUUUCGAGCAAAGUCGAAACUCGCGUGAGAUCGAGAUGAUCGAGAAGCCUUCUGCUCGAAGCACUGUCGAGACUGUCCGGGCUGAGAACUUGGGGUGGGGGCGGCUACGAAUCCAGUCAGCUGACUUGGGUGAGGCCUACGUGCAGAUGCUGACUCCCCACAGGAUCUUUAUGGACAUUUGUGUGAUUUCCGUUACCAGCCUCACGGACCUGCUGGCGGCAAAGGACUUCCUGCAGAACCACUACGUCUUCUUUGCCUUCUUCACUUUGGCCGGGUCCUGGUGCUCCAUGCUGACGGAGCUGUCCACAUGGAGGAAUCUCGUUCAGGAGCUGCGCCUGAGCGCGUGCCAGGGCUACUAUACGGACCCCAUGGUAGCGCUGCGCAACAGCGAGCGGAGCAUCGAAGGCUUCGUGGACUUAGCGCUGAAGGUCUACGGCAUGCCCUGGGGCGUGGACUCCAACCGGGACUUUGUGACCUUCGUCUUGGGAAUUCUGCGCCUCCGCAAAGGGGCGACCCGGGGGUUCCCCCCAAGGAGAUUGUUGACACAAUCGUGGUUGAAGCAUGGCCGAGCCAGAACCCAACGAGCUGACCCUGGAAAGCUGGAAAGGGUGACUGGUAGGCUUGGAGCCAAUGACGGGGGCCGAGAGUGGCUGAAGUGCAUUCGACUGGCCGCCAGACGACGAUAAGGCGCAGGAUCUCAAGCAAGAAUUUGUUGGUCUCUUGCAUGGCGACUUCACUAUUCGGCUUCAUCCUCCGUCUGAAUGUGAACCAGGGAAUCACGGACCCAAAUAUCCGAGGCAUUCAACACCAUCAUUUUGACUCACGACACAUGCGAUUGCGCUUCUCUUGGCUUAUGAGACAACCGUUCAUUGCCUCAGCUGGGAGAUCACUCUGCGGGUCGGGUGGAACAGCCCCCAUGGCAGCAAUAUCUCCUGGAAGAUGUGAGGCCUUCGGUGUGUAAUCUGGAAACGAAGUCGCAGCUUCGAUUCCUGCACGCUUGCACGCCAACUUUGCCUCACCCCCGGACGCAAUACGUGAUGAAACACUUUUUUUUUUUUCCGCGAGAAACUAGCUGAGCAUUUUUGGAGCAACCCACUCGGUUCCCUUUGGUUUUGUUUUUAGACAACAGC